CCCGAGGUCGAACUCCCAAAGGCUUUGCCAGCACUCCUGAUGUCUAGAGAGCAAGGUGCCGUUUAUUCCACGCAGAGAGAUACUGGCUGUGAGCAGGAGGAGAGUGAACUCUGCUCCAUUUCUGGAGUUGUGAAGGAGCCCCUGAAGAACAGAUCAGCAACAGGGAAUAGACUCAGAAGAUUGCUGGGUGAACGGUUCAGGUGCCAUCCCGUGGGCACGGCGGUGCUGAUUCUGCUGCUCCUGGUGCUAGCGCUGGCUUUGGGGGCGGCCUUGGCUGUGCUGGCAGCACCACAGGUUCCAGUCACACCUGCCACUCCGCUGUCUCUUCUGGGCUGUCCCCAUGGCUGGGUUGGGUACAAGGGGGUCUGCUACUACUUCUCACGGGAUUACAGCACGUGGGAGCAGGGUCAGGAACGGUGCUCCGAGCUCAAUGCCUCCCUGGCCAUUGCCCAGGAUGAGGAGGCCAUGGAUUUGCUCUCCCGCCUCUGUGGGAAUUUCGGUUACUGGCUCGGGCUGCGCAGACGGGGCGAGCGCCUGCACUGGGGGGACGGCAGCAGCUACAGCUCCCGGUGAGUGCCGGGGAGCCGGGCAGG